AUGACGGGGGAGGAAGAUGGCGACGUCCGCCUCGAGGCUAUGCUUGCAGUAGAUGCUCUUCUUGAGCUGGACGAGAUGUCCCUUGAAGAUUUCGGUAGUGCCCUGAAGGCAGGCGAUUUGGGCGCAGUGGUCAUUAUACGACCGGACGAGGAGAUAAACUCGUCAUCGCUUCUGGAUGAAGCGGUCUUUGGGGACACCAAGAGAGAGCUGAACUCACGAAGUGGAUCGUCGAUCCUACGGAAUCCCUUAAAUUCGUACUUUCCGUUGGUAAAGGAAUUUAAAAACGUCGUCUUUAAAGACCAGCCUUCGGUCCUACCUCUGGGCCGAGGUGUGCGCCAUGAGAUCGACACCAGUAACUCAAAUGACAUUCUCUACCACGCUGCCAGCGUGAUUCGUCAGAUCAUCUAUUUGGGGAUGGUCCGCAGUGGAUAUGUCUAA